CAAGGAGCCCAGCGCAGCACACGGAGCCUGAUCCCGCGGAAAGCUUCGGCGGGAAUGGUUGUCGCGGAGGCCGCCACCGCCGCGGGCAACGAGAUGAGCCUGUCCAACAUGGUGCUGGGCUUCUACGAGGAGGCCGAGAGGGAGAGGUGGGCGACGGAGGAGGCCGCCGCCGGCGGCGGCGAUGGCAGCGACGAUGAGGGGUCCAGCGGCGGCGGAGGCGCCGAGAGCAGCGCGUUCUGGCAGGAGCAGUUCUCGCUGUUGCAUUUAAGUCACUUCCCUUUCUCGGCGAUCCGGAAACAAAUCAGUGAAGCGCUUGCCAAGAGGAGCUCCGCGGAGAGACGGAUCCAGGAGGACGCGGAGGAGGCUGUCAGGCAGAUGCGCGCCACGCCCGGCGGCGUCUGCUCCUGCGCGAGCCGCGCGGCCGCGGGAGGCUGCCGGGGCUGCUCGCUUCACUUCGUGGCGGAGCGCCUGCGCGACGCCGCGUACAACAGCGCCAUCUGCAGGACCAAGUGGUGUCGCAACCCAGAAAUCCCAUCAGGGGAGCACAGCUACGUGGACGUGGUGGUGCCGACGAGGAGCGGCAAGGCGGUGCGCGUGGUGAUCGAGCCCAGCUUCCGCGCCGAGUUCGAGAUGGCGCGGGGCGGCGCGGAGUACAGGGCGCUGGUGACCGCGCUGCCGGAGGUGUUCGUGGGCCGCUCGGAGAGGCUGCGGGCCGUGGUCCGGGUCAUGUGCGACGCGGGCAGGCAGUGCGCGCGCGAGAGCGGCAUGCACAUGGCACCCUGGAGGAAGCACCGGUACAUGGAGGCCAAGUGGCUGGGCACGCCGGAGCGGGUCGCGCCGGGGCCCGGGGGAGCGGCGGCGGUGGCCGUCGGCUCGCCCGAGAAGCCGCCCAGGUUCAGGGCGUCCAUGCUCACGCUCGACUUCGGCGGCCGCACCGCGGUGGAGGUCGUGUGAUGAUCGCUGUCGAUUCCCACCCUGGCGACGACGACUGAAAAGUCCCAUGUUCAUUUCGGGGCACAUUACCUGUGAGGUUGUGAGUUUUCAGUUUACAUCCACUAUAUCAGGUUGCUUGAAUGCCCACGUGCCACUAUGUAAUGUGUA